CACGCCGUCAACGCAUAUAGCUCAGGAGCUCGGCGGAUGGUUGCGCGAGGUACCUAUUGCACUGGCUGAAACAGGAUCGACUGAUACGCGUGUGCCUUCCGACUACUUUCUCCCAGCGUUCUGGCUGCACAUGCCAGGAUCGCCACACUGAAGCAUUAAUCAAAUGGAUCUUGCCACAAGUUCUCGAGAUGCCGCCGGCCUGCCGAUUAAUCUCUGAAGGGAGAGCGAAUAUCGCACUUGUAUCUGAAGUACUCCUCGUAUGCGAAACAGCUCACAAAUUCACGUAUGCCUACGCAGAUGGCACACUUCAUCGUACUGCUAAUUCUGGCUUUAAACAUCUCGAUGAUGCUUCGAGUGGUCCUACGUUCCAUGAACGCGAAGCUAUCUAUGCAUAAAUAUUCGUACGUCGGGGAGGACUAUCCGCUUUGGUAUCCUAUCGAGGUUGGCCCUGUGGCCAUGACCUUCGAGGAAACGGGUCGCUUUGCCCUCCAAGGGCCUGUUGCCGACGCGGAAUGGGACACUCUCCGAGUGAUCAACACCCACGAAGGCUUCGUUCGCCUGGGCCCCGACAAUCGCAUGUUUUCGGUGGCAAUGUUCCAUGAGCUCCAUUGCGUCUCGGACGUCUUCCGCGUCGCCCUAGUCGACGCCGAAGACCCGAGGGCCAAGGAGCACCAUUUCCAGCACUGCCUGAACUACCUCAGACAGCUCUUCCUCUGCUCCGCUGACGCCACCCUGGAGCCGUACGAUUUCAUGGAGCGCGACUUCGAGAGAGACCGAGGUGGCUUUACCAGAGAGUGCAGAGAUUGGAGUGCGGUCUACGAGGCUUCCGCGCGCAACUGGGAUUGGUGGGAAGAAUACAAACUUACGCACCGUACGCGACCUUCCACAUUUCCGACUUCCUGA